AUUUUGUUGCUCCUGCUAUAACAAAUUUGUGACUGUUUUUGGAUGCUCCCAUUCGCAGUCCAAGUUUCGUGUACUUUGGGAAGUCAAUUUACGAACUAGAGUGUAAUACGUACUUGAAUAUAACGAAUUAUAUGUUCUUUUGUCCCACUUGACUGCGUAAACCCCUAUAGCGUGUCAUAGCACAGUAUACCGUCCACAUCAUAAUUGAAUGACAAAAUGCACUUGACAUUUUCAAAAUUGGCAAAUAUGGCGGAUCAAGGUAUAAAAGGGUUUGCUACAGAUUAUACGGAUUGGCCGGCAGAUGUAUGCAAGUAUUCCGCUGUGUUUGACGAUAUUUUGGUUGUGGGCACUUACAUGUUGGAUGAAACGACCAGAUUGCGACAUGGAAAACUCGUUCUAUACGAUACUCAGGAGAGGAAACUAAACCGGAUCUUUGUCAUGCACUGCGAUGCUAUUCUAGAUUUUAAAUGGUCUCCUCAUGAUCCUUCUAUUUUAGCAGUGGCUCAUUCAACUGGUCACAUUUCUUUUUAUCGCCAUCAAUUUCGUGCGGAACUUAUGUUUUUAAGAGGCAUUAAGGUGGCCGAUUCCAGCGUGCUUAUGUUGGCGUUAGAUUUUUCGGACGAUGGAAAAGACAUCUCCGUUUCGCUUUCGAACGGUAUUGUUAUUACCAUUGACAUUCCUUCCGGAGUCAUUAAGAAUACGUGGAAGGAGCACCAUUAUGAAGCUUGGACUGUUCAUUAUUCUCGCGAUGACAACAACCUACUGUAUUCUGGUGGAGAUGAUGCAGUAUUAAAUUGUUACGAUCAAAGAAUCCCUUCUUCUUGUGUGUGGAAGGAUAUUAAAACUCAUCAAUCAGGAGUCGUUUCUGUCCUUUCUCGUCCCACCUUUGGUUCAUAUAUAGCUACCGGAGAGUAUGGAGAUCUUAUGCAUACGUUGGAUACCAGACGGAUUGGUCGACCUAUUGCCGAUGCUAAUCUUGGCGGUGGUGUCUGGCGGUUAGAACACAUGUACUCCAACGAUGAUUAUCAUCAGGUAUUAGGUGUCUUGAUGCACCGUGGUGCCCAAGUCCUUCGCAUCGCUAGUGACUUUUCUUCCAUCGAUGCCACUAGCGGUGUUUUUGAUGAUCAUGAGAGCAUGUGUUAUGGAGGUGAUUGGCGACGUAAGGAUAAUUUGAUUGCUACGUGUUCGUUUUACGAUAAACGUGUUUGUCUUUGGGAAGAUAUGAACCGUCUCAUGAAUUAAACUGAGUUGAAAUCUCGUUUGCUGCAUUUUAAUCUAUUAUGUUUGGGUUUCGCUUUUAUCCUUUAUGGAAAUAUAUGCUCUGGACUGGUCGAUACCAAAAGAAAGAAAAGAAAAACUUUAAAAGUCAUUUUGUGUUAACCCUAUAUUCCAUCCCUCCUAUAAUGGGAUUUGUACAAAAAAUAAAAAUAAGCUGUUGAAAAUACUUAUGAUGUCCGUUUUACCCUUAUGAUUGUUUUACUCAACCUAUUCCCCGUCAGCUUCGUUUGAUUCAAUAACCUUUACAUUCGUUUUACCGAUAACAAUCAAGAUUGAUUCCCCCUCCCAUAGUUGGUCUUCCUGUUUCGUUUUUGUUUUUCUAUAAUUGAAUCAUUAUUCGUACCAAAAUCU